AUGCAACAACCAGUUUGUGAUUAUUCUCUGGAACUGGAUGAAAAACCUUACCCCAAAGCAGAAUGUCAUCUAAACAAGCAGACUGACCCACAUGAAGAGAAUGUUGAUUUGUCAGGAAACAAUGACUCAGAAAGUGACAUCUUCCAGCCCUGCGAAACAAGGGCUAUCUCAAUUGGUAUGGACUGUAAAAGGUCACCAGAUGGCUGCAUCCAGAGACGAAGUCGCAGUGAGCCUCCAAUCCUCCUAAAGGUUCCAUUGAAGGAGCAUGAGGAAAGCUACAGUGCACCUUUCCAGUUUGACAGGCAUGCUCCAGGCAGAAUUUCCACCUCCCCAACGCUAAGGAGGCUAAGAAAUAGCGUGACCUCCGUCUCGCAAGCUUCAGGACUUCAGGAGGGCUUUGAUGGCACUAGUUCAUGUAGAUCAGCAGAACGCAGACGUAGCUCUGUGGUGGUAAGCUUGCCUGGACUUGAGGUGUUCCCUGGAGACCUCCUAGUGUCAGAUGAUGCUGCUGACUACCUGCAACGCUCACCAUUGCUGCUAAAUGGAGAGUCCAAAAAACCAAGGUGGCCGUUCGCCAGAAAAGGAGCUGGUAAAGACAAACAAAAGCAAAUGUCUGAUCUGAAAAACUGUCUUUCAACCAUUAAGAUCACAGACUGCAGUGGAUAUGAGUUUCACAGUUUUAAGAAUAAAACUUGGCAUGAAAUGAUAACGACUCAACAGGCUCAGCAGAAAGACACUGAUAAUCCAUUAGAAGUGAGGAAAGAAGAAGCUGUAUGGGAACUUUUUACAAGUGAAUGCAGUUACUUUCUGGAUCGCUUACUGGUUCUCAAGACGAUAUUUGUGAAUACGCUAAAAUACCUGCAAAACAAUGAGUUCCUUGUGGAUGUGGAUUUGUGGGGACUUUUUGCAAACUUGGAGGAGUUAAACCAGGUGAGUCUCAGUUUUGUGACUGAUUUUUUCAAAAUUGUAAAGGACCAUAUCACUGCAUCUGAAUCCUCCCUGGAUUUCAUCUCUGUACUCACAAAGUAUUUUCAAGGUAACCUCUGCCAGACACACCAGAUUUACUGCCUUCAUUACACCUCAGCCAUCUUUUACUUGGAGAACCUGAGGCAGAGAGAAGAUUUUGGAAUCUAUCUGAAAUGGUGUGAACAAAAUGAACAGUGCAAACGACUACAUCUACCAGAACUGUUGGUGGCUCCUUUACACAGACUGACCCGAUAUCCCCUCCUCCUUAACAAUAUCUGGAAGAGAAGCACUGAUGCAGCACAGAAAGCCACCAUCCACUCUAUUAAGGAAAAGGUGGAAAAGUCCUUACGAGAUCUUGAAGGUAAAGUAAAAUGGCUGGACAAUUUUCAGAAAUUUAGGCAGCUGCACGAGCUUAUAAUUUGGCCUCCACUUUGGGAUCGUGACAAAAGGUUCUUUCUCCCAGAGUGUCUGAAACAUAUUUUAAGAGAAAACGUGAGUGAAAACAUCUUGUCUUCCUCAAACAGACAGCUUCUUCAUGAAGGGAGGUUAACUCUUGCAGAAAGUACAAGGAUCCUUGAUGUCUACCUCUUUCUAUUCAGUGAUUUCCUAUUAAUUACCAAAACUAAACGUAACAAAAAGAAAUACGGGGGCUCAGACGUCAGUUUAAUACCUGUAUGCCCUUCCUUUUCUCCUGAGCUGCAGUCUUUGGUAAAAGAUGGUGGUUCUUGUACAGUCCUGGACCAGCCCAUUCCACUAGACAGACUGACACUCAAAAAUAUUGAUCCACUCCAUGUGACAGUCCUUGGGCUGCGAAAUGCUUUUGUAAUACAACAUGAAAAUAGAUAUCAACAGUGCAUCGGAGUCUUCCUUCUACAAGCACAAACAGAGACUGUCAAAAAAACAUGGAUGUCAGAGAUAGAAACUGCGGUCUCCAAUUAUGCCAACAGACAUGAAACUCAGAAAAGUUCCUUUUUCUGUUUGCCAGCUGAAUCCUCUGAAAUUUAAUUGCGUAUAUACAAAAUUGACAGAUCCAGGUUGAAGCCAGUCUACAUGGUGAUAACAAAAUUAUUUAUUUUAACAAUCCUUGUUAGUUUCUGAUAACAAUGGCCCUAUGACCUGACUGGUUGGAGGCUGGACA